AGGAUUCAGAUAUUGGGAAGUGAGGCUUCAACUGCUGUUGUUCCCAAUAUACCGCCUGUGAAGGCAGCAGAUGAAUUAGUACUGUGAACAAAAUGCACAAUCAAACCUCCAUGCCUACAUUUCUGCUGAUGGGAUUUUCAGAAAUCCGGCAACUACAGAUCUUACACUUCUUUGUGUUCCUAGCAUUGUACUUGACAGCAAUAACAGGAAAUCUUCUCAUCAUUGUGGCAAUUGCCUUUGAUCACCACCUUCACACUCCCAUGUACUUCUUUCUAAUUAAUUUGGCCAUGACGGACAUUGCAACUAUUUCAGUCAUAGUACCAAAAUCAAUGGCUAUUUCCCUUCUAAAUAGCAGGUGGAUUUCUUAUUUUGGAUGUGUUGCUCAGGUUUUCCUUUAUUUCUUAUUUGUAUUAUCAGAUUUUCUCCUCCUAACCAUAAUGGCACAUGAUCGCUAUGUCGCUAUUUGCAACCCACUCCAGUAUGAGACAAUUAUGCACAAAGGGGCCUGUGUUCAGAUGGUAGCCAUUGUGUGGGUGACUAGUCUUCCUUAUGCCAUAUUACACACUUGUGGCACCUUCGCAAACACCUUCUGUUCUAUUGCUGUCAGACAGUUCUUCUGUGAAAUCCCUGCCUUACUGAAGAUCUCCUGCAGUGACUUUUACUUAGUUGAAGUUGGGUUUCUUGUGAUAAGCGCUAGUAUAGGAGUGGGAUGUUUUAUUUUUAUCAUCAUAACAUACAUGCAAAUCUUUUCUACAGUGCUUAGAAUCCCCUCUAUGCAUGGUCAGAAAAAAGCUCUCUCCACUUGCCUUCCCCACCUCACUGUUGUCUCUGUGUUUCUGUUCACUGGAGUAUUUGCCUAUGCAAGACCUCCCACUGAUGCUUCUUCUGAUCUGGACAUGGUUUUUGCAGUGAUAUAUACCAUUAUUCCUCCCACAUUGAAUCCAUUCAUCUACAGCAUGCGAAACAAAGAGAUUAAAACUGCUUUGUGGAAAUUGUUUGAUCAUGGGCAUUCCUCCAAAUCUUUCUCCAGGGUUGUUUUUUAA